CUUUAAUUGAAGCGUAUGCACUUCCGGGUACGAUUUUCAAAGUAAAACCCCCCCAACCGAGCCGCUUUCUGAGUCACUACUUCAGGUGUCGUCAAGGCGAUAGUGCUGCAAUAAACUCUGCUUUCACGAAGGAAAGUGAUGAUCAGUGUUGUUGGCCAGCGGCCUACUUAGGAAAAGCCACAGCUAGCGGCCGCUCCUGCUUUUUCGGCGGUACCUGAACGCAGCCUCGCCUGGCUCUGGAGCGGUCGAAUGGCGGGAGAUGUGAACUAAACACUCGCUUCUUGUUUAUCGCCUGCUUGAACUGCAACCAAGCGCAAUGAAUCACAUAAGGAACAUAAAAGAAAUGCUGAGCAUCCCGGCUGGAACCAGGUGGUUAGCUUACUGAGCUGCGCUAUUCCUCACAUUUUUUCACGAUUUUCUGACAGCUCAUAGGCAAAAUUAUUAAUUGAUCAACUAUGGUAAUAUUUACCAUAGAUUAAUAGCUAAGAAUAAUUGUCAGUUGCAGCCCCACACGGAACAAUGUUUUCCUCAUUGACCAACAAAUCUACAUCGACUUUCGGUUUAGCUGCACAAACAAAUUACGUGUUUGUCUUUUCUUCACGCGUCAAACCUUGUGGCGAGAAACCGAUGUGCAGGAACGUGUCCACCAGUGGCUACUCCAGCUUCACGGACUCGCAGAUAUUCUUCGGGACUCAAUUUUGGCCCGAAAAUUCCCAGAGCACGUCUCAGGAUAUGAGUUUGUCAUCCAGUUCACAAGAGGCGAGUGACCCAAAGUUUUCCAGCAAUUAUCGCACCAAACCUCUCCUGUUUGGAGAACUGAAGGGGAAAACCAGGCCUUAUGGAAUACUGGAUAAAUUUGAAGAAGACAGGAAAAAGGCAAAAGAAAACAAUGACAGCAAUCUUUUAGCCAAAGAAUGUCAACAUACAAGAGAAACUCAUAACACUAUCCAACAACUUGUCGCAGGCACAGACAGAAAUAUAGCUGUGUGCCAAACUGUCCUUGAAAAAUUUGACAAUUUUGCAUCUACAAUGCAAAAUAAUCUGAAGGGUCUUCAGAAUGACAUCUCCCAGCAUUUUGAGACUAUGUUAAAUAAAGUGAAUUCCCUUAAAGAGGAGAUGACAGAGCUGGAGGAAAGUGGGAAAAAGAGUGCAGACACUACAGCAGAACUUGGUUCAAAUCUGCAAAGCUUGAAGAGUAGUCUUGAGAGUCUGAGAGAGGAGCAGGAGAGAGAGCGAAACAUGCUCGCAGAGGCCCUGAAGCUGCUCAGCACCCUUGUCUCAGAGCAUUCAGCCAAACACAGUCCUCAGAGAGGGAUGAGCAGCACCGUCCAGGCGUCACUGGGACCAGAACAGUCACUCUCCAACAUCCUUCUGCACAACAAGCUCGAAAGCACGCAGCUUACAUGUACAUCGCACAACCGUGAACACAAACCGAUUGAAGUUCCCCCUCAGAAGCCCGGUGGCAGCAUUAGAAAGAAGAAACUUGCUCUCAAGGGCAAUGGGAGGCGCAGAAAGAGGCCACUGGUGCUCUCACAGAGGAGUAAACGCACUGUCUCAGAUGAAAACAGUCCAUCUCUGAUGAACUAUAACAAAGUGCAGAAUGUUGCGACACCCCUCGGUGAGCGCUGUGACCUGAACACUGUAACAAGCCAGGACAGUCUUAACCCAGACUGUCUGUCGAUGCUAUGCAGGGAGACGAGGUCCAGUAAAGCUGCGGGGGGUCUCAUCACCCCCUUCACCUGCUGGUCUCAGGACAGCAGCAGCUCUAUGUGCCUUGCAGGAAUUGAACCCAUCUUAGAGAAACUGUCAGCUGAGUCCAAGCCGGGGACCCCAAUGAAACCUGAAGGCCUCUGGCAGUUGUUUGACAUGGACCGCCAUUCUGAUUUUGGCUUUUAGAGGACGAGUAGAGCACUAAGAAUAGUGUAACCUUUGUUUUUGUUUUUUGGAGCAAGGCAAUAAAAGCCAAAAUUUUUUAUUAUUAUAUUUAUUAUUAUUGUGCCUAUGUUCUGUUAUUUAUGGAUUCGGGUUUUUGAAGAAUGAACCUAUUGAUAAAUGUUUUUUGUCUUAUACUUGCGGUUGUCAUACAUUACUCAUACUGUUGACUUCACAUUAAAAAAAUUAACUGAAA